ACGAGGCAUUGCACGCGGAGGCAGGUGCAGCGUAAUGAUCACUUUCAUAACCGGUGGGUGGGCUCAAUCGUGCUAUACAUUUGUAGGAACGCCAAAUGGUAACUCGUUUAUUCGCUUAGUGUCAACGAACGAAGCCGCAGAGGAUUUUACCAACGCGUUGACAAAUAUGCCGCCGUUUAAUUAGUGACUGUUCCUUAGGAAGUACGGACGGCAAUCGUAAUACAAAUCCGGACUUUUUUCCAAUAAAGUCAUCAUUUGGGCGAGCGCCUUUGUGACGGAUUUCGUGUUUCGCGGAAUAUUGGAAAAUGCCUCUGUUUAAGCCAGAAAAGUUGCGUCCGUUACCUAGUCGAAACUAAUACAUAUUAUCCGGGGGAUCUUCAAGACUAUGCUGUCGGAUUCAGAGUGUGACAUACGCUCCGAUGCCAGGCUUUUCAGGAAAAGCGUUCAAUUAAACAUGGAAUGUCGUGAUCACUGAAUAUGAAACAUGUGAUCGUGCUAUAGAGUAUUGUUAAAUCUUUGUGCAUCAGGAUUGUAAGUCAUAUAGCGUGUAUAUUGAAGACGUGGGCGAUGAAAAGUGAUUCGUCUUUCACGACUGGAGUAAUAAGAAGAACACGUGUGCACGAUAUAUAAACUUACAUGGACAAUUUAACUCAGUUUUAAGAUGUGUGUUAAUAAAAACGCAAAUCAUUUUACAGAUUUAUAUCUAGAGCCCAUUUGUGUUGUUUACAUUAUUUUAUUACGGAAGUAACACCCGACGUCAAAAUCGUAGAGGGGAUGACAUGCACAACUUGUUCGAGAGUGUAAUCUGGACAUAACCGAUAUUGAGAAAUUGAUCAAUUUGAAAUUAAAUAAUUAUUCCUAAACUGUAACAUGAGUGUUAAAGCAUAAAGCAUUAGCCAGUGCUUUUAGUUCGUCAACAAAUAUAAUCAAUGGUACGGAUGUAUGCCAUCUAAUGUGAGUCUAUUAAUUACGAACGAUUGGAAUUUAAACAGGCAGCGACAUAAUCAAACGAACGCAUAAUCUUAUGUUUACUGUAAUCAGGCGCGUUUAAGCAUCGGCAAAUGGAGACAAUAAGACAUGGAAACAACAUACAGGAGGAUACUAUCAACGUCAAGGAACUAGUGGAGAUUAAGGUGUGUGAUCUUGCUUUGCGCCCCCACUCACAUCGCAACACUGAGUGUUGUAAUGGAUGUAAGUCAAGCAGCAGCUUUUCGAGGCCAGAGUGAAACGACUUGUUGCCUGGAAUAACAAGCAUGUUUGCUAUCCGAGCUUACCUGGUUGCAAGUCUUUUUACGGCAUUUCAGAAAGCCACGUUCUCGGCUUCUUUGCUAACCGGGCCCAUAUCCAUUCUAUUACUGGAACCUGUGUGUUCACCGGAAACAAAGUUGCUGAACUCUAAAAUUAGGCAGGAGCUUGACUUGAAUAUGACAUAUGACAUUUCUUGUGAAUAUGAAAGUAAUACAAAUGAUCUUAUAGAUUUAUUCUCGGAGGGAUCUUAUAACAUUUACAUUAGUUUUGUCGAUUAUGACUUAGAUUGUUUACUGUUAAAAUAUUCAGAAAUAUAUCGCAGAACGUUUAUGACGCCAUUUGGAAAAUCGAGAUACGCACUGGGUGAAGCAGCAAGCGUGUUUUCGCAAGGCGCAAGUUUCGAAGACAUCUCGAUCGCGUUGCGAAUAGUACUUAAACACUUCCGAUGGGGACAUAUCGCCAUCUUGGCGGAAUUGAACGAAUAUAACAUGGCAAUGUCUGCAGCAGCAUUCAUCGAGUUGACUCAUAGUGGAUUUGAGCCCCAAAUGCAGUAUAUAAGAAAUUCCUCCACCUUUGAAGAAUUGAUUAUUGCUUUACAAAACGUCGAAGGCACACAAAAAGCUGUUAUUUUCCUAACCAGUCCGGCAUUGUGUGGACGUUUGCUUACUGCUGCCGCUUCCAUAGCCUGGGCGCAACAACACGCAAUAUUCAUAGUCGAAACCAACCCGUACCUCCGUAUGGACACCCAUCAUAUUCCGGCUGUAACGGGCUUUCUUAACGAAACACAUCCAUUGCUUGAUAGUAUAUUUUUUCUUGUGCCUAUUUUCUCAUCAAACCGAUUAAGCAAGGGACAAAUAGGCGAUGAAAAAUCAGUGAAUCGUUCGCGACGCUCCGAUUCUCCUAAUCUGCAAAGUGUAUAUAAUUUCAUUUAUGAUUCAAUCAUUGUUAUUGACACAAUUCUGUCGAACGCAACACGGUUGGACUCCCAGGAUUUCUUCAGUUCACUCGCGCGGACAUCGCUGAAUGUGUACUCUGGAGUAAUCAAGAUGGACGGCGACGGUCGGAUUGCCUUCGAUUUCGGCUUGUUUGACCUGGAUUCGUUGACGCUAGAGGCCCGUAAAGUGCAGGAAAUCAUACAAUUACCAGACAAUGACUGGGAAAUAAAAGGCUUAGCAGAGAUAAAGUGGCCAAAUGACGUAGAGUUAGGACCAGACGAAUGUUUCAUGGUGCCGUCCUGCAAUGAGACAUCACGUGGUUUGGACGCCCUCUAUAUUGUUGCGAUAGUUGUGUCUGUGUUAUUUGUGGCGGGAAUGGCGACUGCAAUUGUGAUUGUCGUGUGGCGGAAACUCGUCCAUCGAGACAUGUCGAAGGGUCAACACAAAGUUCUCUUGUCCAGUGAAGAUCUUGUAUUCCUGCGAAAACGCGAUGUCCAGAAAGGGUCUAAGAUGCUGAGCAGUAGCCUGAUCGAGCGGCCGGACCUGAUAAAGGCGUCCACAGGGGAGAAGCAGUCCGCGAACCGCUCCCUGGCCAGCCUCCACGAGUACGCCGAUAUCACCGACACCGCGAGAUACAACGGCGAUCUCGUGCACGUGAAAGAGCUCAAAGUGAAAAACUUCGAGUUAAAAACCAAAGUUUUAAACGUCAUAAAGUCACUUCGCGAGAUACGUCACGAAAAUGUCAACGCAGUCGUUGGUUUCUAUGAGGAACCGGAAUCCCCCGCCUUUAUUACCGACUUCUGCACUCGUGGAAGCCUAGAGGAUGUUCUGAAGAACCACGACAUCAAGCUAGACUGGGAUUUCAAGGUGUCCUUGUUAACAGACCUGAUCAGGGGUGUCCGCUACAUCCACAACAGCUCCGUCCGUUGGCAUGGCAAUCUGAAGUGCCGCAACUGCCUCAUUGACAGCCGCUGGGUGCUCAAGGUCUCCGACUUCGGACUUUCCGGCUUCUAUGGCGCCGCGAAACUGAGUCCUAAGUACCAGAACACAGACCUGCUGUGGACGGCGCCAGAGCACCUGCGGCAGCCCGUGCCGCCCCUGCACGGCUCGGAAAGGGGGGACGUGUUCAGCAUCGCCAUCAUCAUGCAGUGCGUCGUGCUCCGCUCCGACCCUUACAGCACAUCCGGCCUCUCGCCCGCAGAGAUCAUACAGAAGCUGCGCCACCCGCCGCCGCUCCUCCGCCCGUCCGUAAGCCACGGCACGGCGCCGCCCCAGUACAUACAGUUGAUGAAGAUGUGCUGGACGGAGAACCCGGAAAUGCGACCCUCUAUCGAGGAGGUUUACCAGCAGUACAAACUCUUUACGGGCGGCAAGAAGAUGAACAUAGUGGACACAAUGUUCCGGAUGCUGGAGAAGUACUCUACAGACCUGGAGGAACUGGUCAAGGAUCGCACCCUGCAGCUCGAGGAGGAGAAGAAAAAGACCGACCUGCUCCUCUACCGCAUGCUGCCGCCUGUGGUUGCUGACAGUCUGAAGGUGGGCAGGACGAUCGCUGCCGAGCAAUUCUCGGAGGUGACUAUUUACUUCUCGGACAUUGUCGGCUUCACGACAAUCUCGGCCAACAGCACGCCCAUGCAGGUGGUCGAUCUCCUCAACGACCUCUACACCAUGUUCGAUGCUACCAUUGAUGCUUAUGAUGUAUAUAAGGUUGAGACGAUCGGGGAUGCGUACAUGGUCUGUAGCGGGCUUCCGGUGCGAAACGAAAAUCGGCACGCGGGUGAGAUAUCCACGAUGGCACUGGACCUGCUCGCCCAGUGCGGCCACUUUACCAUCAAACACAUGCCCGAGGUGCCGCUGCGCGUGCGCAUAGGACUCCACUCCGGCCCUUGUGUGGCGGGGGUGGUGGGUCUGACCAUGCCACGGUACUGCCUGUUCGGAGACACGGUCAACACGGCCUCCAGAAUGGAGUCAACUGGUUCCGCGUACCGCAUACAUAUCAGCGAGGCAGUAAGGGUCACCCUGGACGAGCUGGGCGGGUACCACUUCCGGUACAGGGGCGAGGUCGAACUCAAGGGUAAGGGCAUGGCUAAAACGUACUGGCUGGUAGGGAAGGACGGCUUUGACAAGGAGCUGCCUACCCCGCCACCUGUCACCAAUAUAUCUCUGGAGGAUUUUAAACUGAAAGCAUUGAAGAGAACUGACACGACAGGUUUAUUCAAAAUAUGUCACACUGACUCCAAGUCGUCCAUAGAGUCUGAGAAAAAUGACAACAACGGUGAACAUAAACCAAAUGAUUCCAAAUUGAUCGUGGUGAAGCCGGUCGAUUGUGACGCAUGUGUGGACCAUAAUAACGAGGCUAAACACGCGGAUUGUAAAUCUGAUCCGUCUCAUGAUCCACCGGAGGGCCAGUCACGGAACAACCAGGGUUCCAAUGAUUCAGGGAUAGCGAGCAGAGGGGAUGCAAGUUACAUCAUUGAAGAAGCCAGGCCUGACGCGAUGAUCCCGCAGACCUCAAAGCCGAGUCGACAUAGUGCCCUUGUGGGCGCGGGUGCUAGUAAAGGGGCACACUGCUUGACAGACAAUUCCACAAUCAAAGCUGUGGCGAAUCCAUCUCGAUCGGUGCUCCCCCAAAGCCCUCUGUAUAUGAACGGCAAGGAACAUUCAGUGAAUCCAAUGUCUAACAUAUCUACUAAAAAUUUCAAACAUCAAAGCGUUGUUACUGAACUUGUAGAGGUGACUUCAGAAUCGGUACGUGAUCAAACACGGGACAGUUACCCAUUGCAUGAAUCAUUACCAGAAGGCCAUACGCUAGAAGGCUCUGAAGUCAACGCAAACGAAACUGACACGAACACAAAAGAGGUAUAUCUAAAAAACAAAGGUCUUCGUCCAACCUUAGAUGCAACAUCGGAGAAUACAAAAUCUCCAAACAAUCUUUCAUCCACACCAGGAGCAUUUAACGCUUGCAACUGUAAUUUAAAGAACCUGGAGCUGGUUCCUCGCGGUCAGUCAGUAUUGGUCAAUGGAAAGACGAUGGUGUACAGUAAUGGUAGUAACAAGGAAAAACACUGUUUGAUAUGUAAUAGCAAUUAUACUACAGAAGAACAUAAUUUAGAUAUUUUCCGAGAAAGCCUAGUGUAG